AUGCUUGCAAUUGAAUGUGCUAUUUCAGACUCAAGUACAACUACAACCCAAUCAUCGCUUAAGACAUCGGCGGAAGUUCCAUCCUCAAAUGUGUCCUCGUCAUCACACGCUAGCGAUACGGUUAAUGUUAAUCCGAGUAAACAAGUUAGCGGCAAUUCACCUGCGGUAAAAUGCACAUUACAGGGAAACACAACCACAACGGAUGUAACACAGAAGGAUGAUUACGAAAUAUUCGCAUGCAGUAUUAUCGCGCAAAUGAUUGAGAAUCUUCGCUUGAAACAAAUUCGAGACCAGGAUGCACGAGUAGUUCUUAUUCGACGUGGUGAAACUGUAACGGACGUUUUCCCCGACUGGACGAAGAAUGCAUUCAACCAAAACGGCGAAUACGUUCCGUUUGAUUUGAAUAUGCCGAGUUCAAUAAGGAGACGUGAACGAAUUGACGAUUUCCUUUUAGAUCCACCACUAACGAAUAUUGGUGCGCAUUUGUCGCGACAAUUGGGCCUUUCAAUGGUCACCGAGGUACCGACGGUCAUCUAUACAUCACCGCAAGUUGCUGACAUUCAAACGGGACGUAAACUGCUCGAAGGGAUUCCAGUUGGUGUGGGUUGGAAUAUUGAACCUGGACUGGCUGGUUUCUAUCCGGUUGGAACGAAAUGCCCGAGUUAG